GUAGCCUUAUCAUCUUCCAUUUGAUUUGGAUAGCCAAUAUAUGUAAAUCCCACCCGUUCCAUCACAAAAAUACCUCACAAGCGCAAAACAAUGGCGUCUGCUGCUGCACCCUCCACGCUCAGCCUUCCGCCACCGCACCACCAAGAUCUCCAUCGCCCCUCCGCCGCCACCUUCUCCCUAUGCUUCAGGAAGCCCUCGAAAGAGAACCCUUUCUGCUUCUCCUCGCCCAAACCCUUCUUCUAUCCCUUGGUUCUGCAGUCUGACAAUAGCCGCUCGUCAAAAUCACUCAUCGCCGCCGCGUUGGCUACCGAGACGGAGUUGGAUGAGGAGGCCGCUGAGCAGCACCUAGAUGAUAGCGGAGUUGUUGCUGUCGUUACGAAGCCUAAAAAAGGCAAAGCUGCUUUGCCUUUGAAGAGGGAUAGGACAAGGUCCAAGAGAUUUUUGGAAAUUCAGAAGUUGAGAGAAAACAACCAGGAAUAUGACCUGAAUACAGCAAUAUCAUUGCUCAAGCAAAUGGCAAGCACAAAAUUUGUUGAAACGGCUGAGGCCCAUUUCCGCCUCAAUAUUGACCCCAAGUAUAAUGACCAACAACUAAGGGCAACUGUAAAUCUGCCCAAAGGAACUGGUCAGAGUAUUAAAGUUGCUGUUCUGACACAAGGUGAAAAAUUCGAUGAGGCAAAAAAUGCAGGAGCUGAUAUAGUUGGUGGAGAAGACUUGAUUGAACAGAUCAAAGAAGGAUUCAUGGAUUUUGAUAAAUUGAUUGCAACCUCCGAUAUGAUGCCUAAGGUUGCAAGUUUGGGAAAAAUUCUAGGACCUCGAGGACUAAUGCCAAAUCCUAAAGCCGGUACAGUGACUACAAACAUAGCACAGGCUAUAGGGGAAUUUAAGAAAGGGAAAGUUGAAUACCGAGCAGAUAAAACUGGGAUUGUUCACAUACCUUUUGGGAAAGCCGAUUUUUCAGAGGAAGAUCUUAUCGCAAACUUUCUUGCUACAGUGAAAUCAGUAGAAGCUAACAGGCCAAAAGGAGUAAAAGGUAUUUUCUGGAGAAGGGCCCACAUAUGCUCAUCAAUGGGGCCUUCCAUUCGGUUGAACAUUAGGGAUAUGCUCGACUACAAUCUCCCUUGAAAUGGUUCUCUAUAUUGUCGUAAUUGUAAAAUCUUUUUUUGAGUUGAAUUAACCUCGUGUUGUCUCUCCGAGCUGUUAGUUAAUUUCCAGAUAAUGGUAGAGUAGGGACAUAGACCAAGAACGAGUUAAGGGACUGAUUCUGCCAAAAUUAAAUGUUCAAGUUUCCAAGUAUUUCACGCUUUUAUAUGCAAAAUGCUGUGUUAUUUUUGUAUUCAGGAGAAUUCCUUCUUUAAUUAAAUAUUUAUUGGAAUAUCCACUUCUCAAUG